AUGGAGACCAAAGGAACCUUGAUUGCCGGCUCUCACAACAGAAACGAGUUUGUUCUCAUCAAUGCCGACGAGGGUUCCAGAGUGACUUCUGUUACAGAAUUAAGUGGGCAGAUAUGUCAGAUUUGUGGUGAUGAGAUUGAGCUUGCAGAAACUGGUGAGCCAUUUGUUGCCUGCAAUGAAUGUGCUUUCCCAGUAUGCAGAACUUGCUAUGAGUACGAGAGAAGGGAAGGGAAUCAAGGUUGUCCUCAGUGCAAAACCAGAUACAAGCGCCUCAAAGGGAGUGCUAGAGUUGAAGGUGAUGAGGAUGAGGAGGGUAUUGAUGAUUUGGAGAAUGAGUUUCAUAUUAGAGAUCAUGGUUACAGUAGAGACCCUAACAACAUUGCUGAGGCCAUGCUGUCGUCUCGUCUUAACUUUGGCCGAUACCAGCAGUAUAGCGAUUCAGGGCUUGGUAUGCCGUUGGAGAGGGAUUAUGCUGGUUCCUUGAAUCCCAAGGUUCCCCUCCUGACUUAUGGUGAAGAGGAUAAUGGGAUUUCGUCUGAUAAGCAUGCCCUCAUCAUCCCACCAUUUCGUGGGAAACGGAUCCAUCCGAUGCCCUCUCUCGAUCCAUCAAUAACUACUCAACCAAGGCCAAUGGACCCCAAAAAGGACCUGGCGGUGUAUGGUUAUGGAACAGUAGCUUGGAAGGAGAAGAUGGAGGACUGGAAGCGAAAACAGAAUGAGAAACUUCAGGUGGUUAAGCACGAAGGAGAUGGUGAUGGUGGAGAUGACUUUGAUGAUUCUGAUCUGCCUAUGAUGGACGAAGGAAGGCAGCCAUUGUCAAGGAAGCUACCAAUAGCAGCAAGCAGAAUAAACCCAUACCGAAUAAUCAUUAUCCUCCGUCUCAUAAUCCUCGGCCUGUUCUUCCACUACAGGAUCCUCCAUCCAGUUAAUGAUGCCUUUGGUCUCUGGCUAACAUCGGUCAUCUGUGAAAUAUGGUUUGCUGUCUCAUGGAUACUAGACCAGUUCCCUAAAUGGCACCCCAUUGAACGGGAGACAUACCUCGAUCGAUUGUCUCUGAGGUAUGAGAAAGAAGGCAAGCCUUCUGAGCUAGCUCCCGUGGACAUAUUUGUUAGCACGGUUGAUCCUUUGAAGGAACCUCCACUGAUCACUGCAAACACGGUUCUGUCCAUUCUCGCUGUGGACUAUCCAGUCGAUAAAGUUGCGUGCUAUGUAUCGGAUGAUGGUGCAGCCAUGCUUACUUUUGAAGCACUCUCCGAGACAGCCGAGUUUGCAAGGAAGUGGGUCCCGUUCUGCAAGAAGUUCAGCAUUGAGCCACGUGCCCCGGAAUGGUACUUCUCGCAGAAACUUGACUACCUGAAGGAUAAAGUCGAACCAGUAUUCGUCAGAGAACGUCGUGCUAUGAAGAGAGAAUAUGAAGAGUUCAAGGUUCGAAUAAACAGCUUGGUCUCAAUGGCACAGAAGGUUCCUGAAGAUGGUUGGACUAUGCAGGAUGGAACUCUGUGGCCUGGAAACAAUGUUAGAGAUCAUCCUGGAAUGAUUCAGGUUUUCCUUGGUCAGAAUGGAGUUCGUGAUUUUGAAGGCAACGAACUCCCUCGUCUAAUCUACGUCUCUCGUGAGAAGAGACCGGGAUUCGAGCAUCACAAGAAAGCAGGAGCCAUGAAUGCAUUGGUUAGAGUCUCGGCCAUCAUAUCGAACGCCCCUUACCUGCUCAAUGUAGAUUGUGAUCACUACAUAAACAACAGCAAGGCCCUCCGAGAAGCAAUGUGCUUCAUGAUGGAUCCGAUCUCUGGGAAGAAGAUCUGUUACGUCCAGUUCCCUCAGAGGUUCGAUGGCAUUGAUCGACACGAUAGAUAUUCUAAUCGAAACGUGGUGUUCUUCGAUAUUAAUAUGAAAGGGCUGGAUGGGAUUCAAGGGCCGAUCUACGUAGGAACCGGGUGUGUGUUCAGGAGGCAGGCAUUGUACGGAUACAAUGCUCCAGUGAAGAAGAAGCCGCCAGGGAAGACUUGCAACUGCUGGCCAACAUGGUGCUGCUGCUGCUUUACUUUGUGCAAAUCUGGAAGGAAGAAGGGGAAGUCGAAAUCGAAGUCCAAAGAUAAGAAGAAUAAGAGUAAUAAGGAACUUUCAAAGCAGAUAUAUGCUUUGGAGAACAUUGAAGAAGGUGUUGAAGGAGUUGAUAAAGGAAAAACAAUGGUGAUGUCUCAAGUAAAGCUCGAGAAGAGAUUCGGGCAGUCUCCAGUGUUCAUAGCAGCAGCAGUGAUGGAGAACGGUGGAGUUCCCAGAGGGGCAAACUCUGCUUCACUAUUGAAAGAAGCCAUCCAUGUUAUAAGUUGUGGGUAUGAAGACAAAACUGAAUGGGGGAAAGAGGUUGGUUGGAUAUAUGGUUCAGUAACAGAAGACAUCCUUACAGGAUUCAAGAUGCACUGCCACGGCUGGAGAUCAGUCUACUGCAUCCCGAAACGGCCGGCGUUCAAGGGUUCAGCUCCGAUCAAUCUCUCCGACCGUCUCCACCAAGUUCUCCGGUGGGCACUGGGAUCGGUGGAGAUCUUGCUGAGCAGGCAUUGCCCCAUAUGGUAUGGCUACGGCUGCGGGCUGAAAUGGUUGGAGCGGUUCUCUUACAUCAACUCCAUCGUCUAUCCUCUGACUUCCAUCCCUUUGCUCGUCUACUGUACCUUGCCCGCCGUUUGCCUCCUCACCGGGAAAUUCAUCGUCCCCUCGAUAAGCAACUACGCGAGCUUGGUGUUCAUGGGCCUCUUCAUCUCCAUCGCCGCCACAUCCAUCAUGGAGAUGCAGUGGGGCAAAGUCGGGAUCCACGACUGGUGGCGCAACGAGCAAUUCUGGGUCAUCGGCGGCACAUCCGCCCACCUCUUCGCCCUCUUCCAAGGCCUGCUCAAAGUCCUCGCCGGAGUCAACACCAAUUUCACCGUCACGUCCAAAGGAGGCGACGACGGCGAGUUCUCCGACCUCUACCUCUUCAAAUGGACUUCACUUCUCAUCGCGCCGACGACCCUCCUGAUCCUGAACAUCAUCGGAAUCGCCGUCGGGAUCUCCGACGCGAUCAACAACGGGUACGAGUCGUGGGGCCCGCUGUUCGGCAGAUUGUUCUUCGCGAUGUGGGUGAUUGUGCAUCUGUACCCGUUUUUGAAAGGGCUGAUGGGGAAGCAGGAUCGGGUGCCGACGAUCAUUGUGGUGUGGGCGAUUCUGCUGUCGUCGGUGCUGUCGCUGCUGUGGGUGAGGAUCAAUCCGUUCGCCGGCAGAGGUGGGCUUGUGUUGGAGAUCUGUGGGUUGAACUGUGAUUGA